UAAACCAAAUUAGAAUUGUUAACAGGAGAGCAUAAAAAUGAAGUAUUUUUUGUUUAUUAUUUAUAUGUUUAUGUGUUUUUUAAGGAGUGAGGGCAGCAAUGGAACAAUUAGAGCAGUUAUAGCUUUUGGAGAUUCGAUAUUGGACACCGGUAAUAAUAACAAUCUUAGGACAUUGAGCAAAUGCAACUUCCCACCUUAUGGACGGGAUUUUCCUGGAGGAUUAGCAACCGGAAGAUUUGGAAACGGAAAAGUUUUCUCCGACUUAAUGGCGGAAGGACUAGGAGUUAAAGAAUUGUUGCCAGCAUAUCUUGAUCCCAAUCUGCAAGAUGUAGAUCUUCCUACAGGCGUUUGCUUCGCUUCAGGUGGCUCGGGGAUUGACUCUAUGACAUCCGGGAUUCAGUCGGUUCUAUCAGUAACGGAUCAGCUAGAUUUGUUCAAACAGUACAUUUCAAGACUGGAAACCAACGUCGGAAAAGACGCAGCAGACGGCACUAUAUCAAACGCGUUAUAUCUGAUAUCAUUUGGCAAUAAUGAUAUCGCAAUUACCUAUUUUAGUGCCCAUAUGAGGCCUCAAUAUGACAUAUUUUCGUACACUUCGGAAUUGGUUACUUGGGCGUCAAGUUUUGUGAAGCAAAUAUAUGAAUUGGGUGCAAGAAGAAUUGGUUUUAUGGGUACACUUCCAUUGGGAUGCUUACCCGCAGCUAGGGCAGCGAUUGGAGGGUUGAUGUGCCAAGAAAUUGUAAACCAAGCAGCUCAGUUGUUCAAUUCCAAACUCUCGUCUGAGCUAAAUACUCUUAACAACACUCUCCCUGGAGCUAACAUAUUUUAUAUUGAUGUUUAUAACCCUCUUCUUGAUAUCAUCCAAGACCCUCAAAAAUCUGGUUUUCAAAUUUCGAAUGUGGGGUGCUGCUGCAUAGGUGGAAUGUCAUGUCCAAUUCCAUCAGCUAAUGUAUUUUGGGACUAUGCUCAUCCUAGUGAAAAAGCAUAUUCUAUUAUUGUCAAUCAGACCCUCAUCAACAACUUCGAUUGAGUCAUCUGUAGGCUCUGUUCAAAUGAAGAUGCAUCAUUUUCUUUCAUUUGUAUCAUGUUUGUUUUUGUUAUAUAAAACGCAUUAAGAACAAUGUUAAGAGUACGCAUU